UGAUACCCUGAGAAAAGUUUGACAUUUGAGGUUCUUUUCGUGUUUUGCGACAGUAUUCGUUGGUAUAAACUUUUGGGGGAAUAUAGGAUUGGAAUUGGAAACAUGCAUUAGCCAUUCUGUGCAUAUGCAGGGGACCCAAAAACAUAAGGUGAUAUCGGUAAUUUUGCUCCAAGAUGAAUGCGCUGGACAACCGUGACUCAGACAGCGAGAGCUAUUCAGCCUCCUCGUCCAGGCAUUCCGAAGAAUCCUCUUUUGGCUAUGAAGAAGCAGAAUGGCUGGAGCAUGUGGAGAGCGACGGAUCUUUGCUGUAUGUGGAGUCAUAUGUGUCAAGCACUGUGAGGGAGAAACAGGCACAGGCAUUCAAGGCAUCAGGAGGAGGAGAGAAGAAGCCGGCAUUUGCAUCUCCCUCAAAGGAUAUUAAAAAGAAGAAUAAACUCCUUCGCCUGUUACAGCGCCGGCCAAGUGUGAGAGUGAAGAGUGGGCAUCGGGUGGGUGUAGGAGGGGAGGGAGGCCCCAAGAGUGGAGCGGACUUAACCUCAGCACCCAAGGUCACCUUUAGGGAUAACCCAAGUGGAGAAGUUAGGAAGGUUAAUUUGCAGGUAUCCGAAGGGGGCAAUAACUUGGGUCGAAGAGCAAGCCUAUGCGAGACCGUCUUGGGUGUUGUUCCAGGACGUUUCAGUGAACCCCCAGACUCAAGGGUGAUGGUGGCGGGUCUUGUCCCAGGUUCCCAGGCCCUUAGAGACGGCGUCAUCAAAAUCGGUGACUGGCUCAAGGAGGUGGAUGGAACAGACAUCAACUGGGACAACUUGGAUGAUAUUCUGGCUGAGUUACAGAUUCCCUCCACCAUCAGCUUGUCUGUGCAGAAGUGUGCAUCAGAGACCCUGCCUGAGGAUACAGAUCAUGAUAGAAAGAGAGUAAUUCAGACUCAGCUGGUGAAAGUGGUCACAGGAGUUGAGGUGGACAGUCAAGAGAAGACAUUUCUCCAAGAGCUGCCCCACACGCUUCUCUACCUCAGUCUCGUGGGUGUGACUGAGGACUCACCUGAUGGGGCUGAUAUCAGGUAUCAGUUCCCAAAUUGGAGUAACAAGCUGGUUAAAGUUCGAGGGAUGUUUAUCACCGCAGCCCACACAGUGCAGGAAGUGACAGGGGAGCCUACUUUGUGCUCAACAGUGUUGAUAGAUGGAGAGUAUUAUCAUGUUGCAUAUGUGAGAGAAAACAAUGACAUCUUCCUCCUUGCUCUUCCGCAUUCCUAUGUGUCCAGCCAUGAAAUAAUAGCACUGAUGGAACAGAUUGCUAAUCUUAUCAAAUUUGAAUUUGAAACUUUGACCAACGGCGUGGGUCUAUCGCACAACAAAGCCUACCUGGACCACCUCAUGAGCCACAUCCUAGGGAGUGUCCUUUCACAGGGGUGUAGGGGAGGGGGAGGAGGGAACAGCCAACCCAACCCCUACCUGCCUCUCAUCCCAACCGCAUCGCAGAGCCUUAUCUUCGCCCUCCCCACCUGGCUCAUUCUCCAAGGGGAUGGGGAGACGAAACUUCAGAUUGACAACUGUCUGAGUGAGUUGGAGUCUGGUGAUUUUGGGGAUGAUGAUUCAGACUGUGAAGACUGUUCAUCCCUGUACAACAUAUUGGGUACCUGUCUAUUUUAUAAGGGCAGACUGGUGGCUUCCCAUCUAUGCACCGAGGACCUCCAACACAUGUGGCUCUUCGUACAGCACCACGGGCUGCUCUCACUAACCACCCACGAAUCUGUCAGUCAACUUGUGGCUUGGAGACAGGUUUACCCUCCAGGCCAGCCCAGAGAUGAGGGACCGAAACACUACUUGCUGAUUGUUGCUACGAAUCAUAUGCUCUUGGGACUUCUCUUGGAGGCUGGAGGAGUCACAGAAUUUGUAGAAGAUGGAGCAGGACCAGACCCAUUCCUCGUGGAUCAGGCUGAGGCUUCUUUGUAUCAGCUUCAUGCUCUCCAUGUUCAUACUGUCUGUGAGGAAAGCUUGUUCAAUGGGGGCAUUGAGACCAUUGCAGCUGACGAAAAGUUUGGCCGAGGAACACCCACAAAGAAGGCUAAAGAAAAGAAUGAUACAGUAGAAGGCGGCAUCAGACUGCCCGAUGUGCCAUCAAUCCUAAAGCAGAAGUCUUCCCCCUUGCCCGAGUCACGGCUGCACAUCCAUGACCACACUGGAUGCGAGUGCGAGGGUAGUGUUGGGGAGACCAGCGAGGAUUCCUUCACACACAGCUCCCAGGGCUCCUCACUCGCCUUGGAAGAGGACGAAGGGGAGGACGAGUCUGACUACGACUGGAGGAUCUUCAAGUCUACUGAGAGUCGUGGUCUUCACCAGUAUGAUCUGGAUAUAAAGGCACCAACCAAUAAACAUCCCACCUCUCCAAUUCGGAUUACCAGUGGGAAUGAGAGAGUUCUUUUCCACAUGGUGCAGUUGGAGGUUGGGGAAGGGGUGAUGGUCCAGUCCAUUCCCCCUCCAACCUCUUCAUCUCCCACUGGCUCUCCCUCCUUGAGCUCUCAACCACACCCUCCUUCACUCCAGGCUCAGGUUCUCAAUAACUUUCGGUCUGUUUGUGCUCAUAUACACCAUAUACUCCAUGCAGCUGUAAGGGGAAAGGAACAACAUGGCAUUUAUGGAAGUAGUACUGCCCUAAAUGGCAUAAAGGAACAUGGUGUCUUAUUUACAUACACACCCCCUGCAACUGAUGGCACAAAUGGAAGCAAAAGAAGACCUCCACCACUCUCUUACUGGGUUGUUGGAAGACUACUGGGUCCACCAUAUCAUCGAGAAAUUUACAUCUGCUACCAUGAGGCCAUUCCCCAGAAUGUAAUUGAAUUAGCUUUCCGAGUGUCACUGGGAUGCAUCAUUUGAGUUAUGAUCAGUCACACCGAGAAUUUAAUUCAUAUUUGUAUCACAUAAGUUGGAAAGACCUCACAUCACUGUUAAAGUAGACACCAUUUGUUUUUGGCUUUUUUACAUUCCAUGUGCUCCUUUCCACAUUUUAUGUAUAUUCUCUGACUUACAACAGGAUUUUCCAAAAGUUUGCACUGGGCUUUGCAUAAUGCCCACUCAGUGAAAAAUUGAAAGUGCAUGACAUUUAUUAACCUUGCUCACUAAGAUUUUUAAUGUAGCAUAUUGGAUUUUUAAGGAAAUGAGACUAAAUGGAUACUUUAAUCAUUGACCACAGGCUGGAGAGCAUAUAGACCCAUUUCCCAAAUAUAGAAAAAUAAAAAAUCUAAAAGCGUGGACUAUAGUUGCUUAAAAUGUCAAUGAAUAAUAAUCGAGAAUUGCAACUAUGGUUUACUUAUGUGGUCUAAGGGUUAAGCCUAUUUUUGAGGGGCUGUAUCUCCACAAUGAUUGUAGGCAAGGCCAAACAAGCAGACAGUUGUUCAACACACACAUCAGAGGAGGCAUGUUAGUCGUGGCAUGGCUACUUGUCACCUAGCAUUUUGGCCCAAUUUGCUAGGAUGUGAUUAGACAGUAUCUGACAUGAGUGGGUUCAUCAUUACUAAAUGAUCUGCAAAAAUUGUGAUCAAGAAAAGCCUAUAGUUGUUCAAUUAUCAUAAGAGGUUUAUUUGGUAAUUGUUGUUGUUAAUAAUAUGUUUAAGUACUUAUUAAUGUUUAAGAGAAUCACUUUUAUUCUUUCCAAGGCAGCUAGGAAUAUUUCCAGUUAUACAGUUCCUGUGUAUAUCAUACAUAUGUAUUGUUAUCAUGUACUUAACUCAGAAACUAAAAGAUUCUGUAUAAUUUGAUACCAUUGGAGUAGGUAGACUAAUGACUGUUUCGGGUUUACUAAUGCAAAUUAAAGAACAUCUCUGAUCUCUCAUAUGAAACAUUCCAUGAAAAGACUUUUAAAACAAGAAAUGAUUAUUAACUUUAGUUAAAAAGUCUUAAAUACGCGUAAUAAAGAUAUACCUUUGUAAUACUUUUUACUUAAAUUAGUAAUGUUAUUUUAUACUUUUGUAUUUUCAUAAAUAAAUUAAUACAUUAAU